CGAAUAACCGGUCAUUAUAGCACAACGUGAUGGCGGCGCCCGAUGCUGAGUUUGAGCGCUUUCUGGACACCGCAGAGUCCCUUGGGCUUGCGGUGCGAACGUCGAGUGGGCUGGCGUGUCCAACGAAUUUGCUCGACAGCAAGGGCGACAUGGCCGACAGUAUCAUGCAGUUGGCGGUGCAGCAUCGCUUUCAGGUGCGGCAGCGCCACUCCGGAUCCACAUUGAGCUACUUGUGCAAGUCGUUCCCGGAGUGCCCCUUCUUCGUGCGUGGCAAGUUGACCAAGUCGGGCCAGGUGAAACUGACCAAGUCCAAUUUCACACACAACCACGCGUUGGGAGUGCAGAAACUGCCCAAGAAUGCCCGAAACUCGAUGCUGUGCACCAAGACGCUGGCGCAAAGCGUGCUCGCUGCUGACAUCGACUACGUGAAUGCCACGGCGUCGCAGCUCCAAGACCAUCUCAGGACCGCGUUCGCCACGGAAGUGUCCACCAGCCGCGUGUACAGUCUCAAGAAGGCGCUUGAGAGCGGCGUGCUGGGCAAUGACGUGCAUCGGUUUCCAAAACUUCCCAAGUUCACACCGGUGAAACGUCCUCUGGAAGGAGAGGACAUGGCGGACGUCGAUGACGACGACGACGACGACUACCGACCGUUGCCGACCGAAGUGGAGCGAGAGAAGGACGAGUUGAAGCGCCAGGACCGCGAGCAUCGGUGGGAGAUGGACAGUCGACGGAUGCGCAUGCAGGAGAUCACCAACAUGCGCCUGGACGACGAGGCCAAGGUCACCCGACGAGUCCUCGAGCUCGAGGCCAGCGUCGCCGAGGUGCAGGCCAAGCUCGCCCAUGCCAAAGCUAGACAUGCUUUGGUACAAGCUGGGAUUUCGGCGGAUGAAGUUCUCCUGUUAUUGUAAAGACAGAAUACGACGUUUGUCCGAAAUUCUCCAAUGCAGCGUUGUUGUUGUAAGAGCAUC